AUGGCGGUGGAACCAAAGAGUGGCGAGGCGAUCCAGAUCAGGGAGGUGUGGGAUGACAACCUCGAGGCGGAGUUCGCCCAGAUCCGUGAGAUCGUGGACGAGUACCCCUUUGUUGCUAUGGAUACGGAGUUUCCGGGAAUCGUGCUGCGUCCGGUCGGCAGCUUCAAGACGAACUCGGAGUACAACUACCAGACGCUCAAGGCCAAUGUUGACCUACUCAAGAUGAUCCAGCUAGGCCUCACUUUUUCUGACGAGCACGGUAACCUGCCCACCUGCGACGAUGGCCGCCAGUGUAUCUGGCAGUUUAACUUUAGGGAGUUCAACCCCCAGGAGGACGUCUUCGCCAGCGAUUCUAUUGAGCUUCUCCGUCAAUCUGGCAUCGACUUUAAGAAGAAUACUGAGCAGGGCAUUGAUGCCCAGCGCUUCGGGGAGCUGUUGAUGUCAUCUGGCAUCGUGCUUAAUGAUUCUGUGCACUGGGUGACCUUCCACAGUGGCUAUGAUUUUGGGUACCUCCUCAAAUUGCUCACCUGCCAGAACCUUCCGGAGACCCAGGCUGGAUUCUUCGAGUUGAUCAACAUUUACUUCCCCACUCUUUAUGACGUCAAGCACAUGAUGAAGUUCUGCAACAGCCUCCAUGGAGGCUUGAACAAGCUUGCCGAGCUACUGGAUGUUGAGAGGGUGGGAAUCUGCCAUCAAGCGGGGUCAGAUAGCUUGCUCACGUCGUCAGCAUUCAGGAAGCUGAAGGAAUUGUUCUUCAAUGGGUCCACUGAGAAAUAUGCUGGUGUUCUGUAUGGUCUUGGUGUUGAGGCCGGACAAAAUACGUGUUGA